UGAGUUAUACACGACCGAAAUAACGUUGAUAAAGAUUUUCUGAGGAUUUCGUGGGUUGUUAUGAUCGAUUGAGGUUGUCAUGGUAGCGAUUUAUAAGUGAAUAAAGUAUUUUACAAAUGGAGGCAGAGACGAAGUACACCUUUGUGCACGUUCCCGAGAAGAAUUAUCCAGCGCUGAACGAUAAAAAUAUUAUACAACUACUUCAGAAGUGGGGACUGAACUUGAUGAUUCAAAAUUUCGUUUUUAAUGAGCCCUUCUAUCAGUACCAGAAAUAUCUGUUAGCGGAGGCGUUUUUCAAAGACAAUACCGUGUCAAAGUCUUUGAAGAUCUGGGAUGGAAAGUAUUCGUUCUCAGAGGAAGGAAUUGUCGCAGAUGCAGUCGAAAUCAAUCCGAUCCCCUGCACGGUUUUAUCGAUGAGUUUCUUCGAAAAAUUGCAAGAUCCUGAAAAUAAUAUUGUCUGCAACUCAGGAAACAUUCGACAAAAAUAUGAAGAACAGAUUGAUGGGAUUUUUGUGGCUGACAAUUUGCGGAAGAUGUUAUUGGACGAAGAGUCCGAUGAGUAUCGCCUCUUCUCCAAAAAUGAAAGGACAGAGUUUAUCUUUAAAAUUUUCCAAAUGUUGAUUCUUGGGGGAGAGUAUUGCCAAUACGACGAUCAAUUGGAACCUUAUCUGGACUGUACGAAAAAAAUUUAUAAAGAUCUCGUAAGAGUUCAUAAAUUAGAGGACACAAAUACUUUAACAAUUUCUACUAUAGUACUGGAAGUAAUAGCAAAAAAAGAUGAGCCAUACUUCCCAAGGAACCCAACUCAGAAGCAGAACAUUGGGUUUUUAUUGAUUGAUCGCAACACUCGUGAAAUAACGACAGUUCUUCAUCAAUUUGGCACAUAAGUAAAAGAAUAUGGGUUGCAAAUUAAGAAGACAUAUCCCGUUGGAUAAAAUAAAUAAAUAUAAUGCUAAAAUAAUUCUUCCUUUAUUAAUUAUAAUGAAAAUUGAUUCACAAUAAA